CCAAAUUCCUGGAGGUGCGGAGCAAAUUUCCUCGCCAAAUCAAAAGUCUGCCUGGGACGGUGCAAAGCGAGGCGGCCGGCGCUGAGGGAGACGAAUACUUGCGAUAGUCUGUUACUUUGGCGGCGCUGCUAUUCCACGGAAACAGAGGCCGAGGAAGACGAGGAUUCCUUUUCCUGUUAUACAGAAUCAAUGUAGGAUGCAGCAGUCAGGGAUUUGCCUCUGUUAUACAAGUCGCAGGGAGUGAUUAUCUAGCAGCCUCCAAGGAGGGAGAUCGGUG